AGCCAGCGGCAUAAACAAAAUCAGCUGUGCGGGCGAAUGAUUGAUUUUAUGUAAUUGAAAUGGCCACAAAAUCGGAUAAUGCUGACUCAAAAUCGGACAAAUCCAAGGAAUCACUGAAUGACGCAUGGGCAAUCCGACCCUGUCAUCUGUACAAGGAGGAGUACGACGACUGCACGAGCUUUAAGGCGCGCUUCCACCAGUACUUUAUAUUUGGCAAGGACACAGAUUGCUCCCAAUGGCUAACUGAUUACCGGAACUGCGAACGAUAUCAGCAGUCCAACGGCAACGAUGUGGCUGCCGGCAAAGCGGUGAUCAAAAGCGAGGAGGAGCGCCGCAAGAUCCGCCUGCGCGCCCACUUCGCUAACGACACUUGGCAGAAGCGUAAGGAGCCACCGCUGGAUUGGGCUGCACCUCUGCCGGACUGGAUGGAGAAGCGAAACGAGAAUACCUAUCUUGAGGUUAAGCAAAAAGAGCUCUCUGGACAGGCGGCGCCGCAAGGAGAGGAACGCUCGCUGUGCACGAUCAUGAUAUAAGGUUCUUCGCAAUGGUUUCGAAUAAUCGGCGGUCUGGCAGCGCUCGUGUCAGCUGUAUUUGUUUCUGGCAGUGCUGCUACAUUUAGCUAAAUAUACGUAAAUUUGCCGACAUAACUAUCUUAAACGCCUUUAAAGUUUUAGGCUUCAUUAAACACGUAAAGAAAAAACUCAUUUGCUGUCAAAAAGUCUAGGUGCUCGUAUUACGAAUCACACAAUUU